AUGAGACAGCUUCGGAGUGCAAAGCGCAAGGAAACUUCGAAACGAUUGAAAGACCAUGAACUUUCAAAUGGCCCAUCAAAACUAUGCACAGCUUUGGACAUUACUAAGGACAAACUUAACAAUACCGAUAUGGUCCUGUCAAACCUGUUUUGGAUUGAAAAUACCAGUUUGAAAGGGUCUGAGGAAUUUUCUGUUGUACAUACAACUAGGAUUGGAAUUGACUCAUACGGACAGGAGGCUGCACAGAAGAUGUAUAGAUAUUAUAUUUUAGGAAAUAAGCAUAUCAGCGUCAGAGACAAAGAUGCGGAGAAAAAAAUGGCAUUAACAUUGUAA